CACUGACAGCUGUCAUUGUAAUUAUAUGAUUAUAUGUUUAGUUUUAUCUGUAGUUGCUUAUCUUUAACAAAAUAGACAAAGUGUUUACAAAGCAGUAAAUUCGUUUAGAGAAAUGCAUUUAAAAUGGCGUAUUAACGCCCCAAUCUGUAAAAAUUUCUCUAGUUGACAUGUCCUGGAUCUUAAAUACUUGUUUAUAAAUUAAAAAUGUUCGUGAAACCUCAAGAAGUUCUUAUUGCUAAUGCAUUCUGGGAAACCGAAGAGACUUCUCUGUAUUUUGUAUUGCAACACCGCAAAGGCCAUGGCAAUGCCAAGGGUUUAUCCUCACUUCUUGUGGGCACUAUGGAUAGUAUUUUUGAUACAAAACCGGCACCCUACAGGAUAUUACAUCAAACUCCUUCAUCAGAAGUUUAUUAUUUGAUAGCUUGUUCUAUGACUAGGCAAGAAAUUUUGAAAGAUUGGGAGUGGCUCUUCAGUAAUGUAAGCGAAACUUUACAAUCAUUUGACAGUGAGGACGAUAUAACGGAUUUUGUUACUUGUAAAAUUGAAUCUGUAAUUGCUACAAGGCAUGAAGUAGAAGUUGAAGAUGAAGAUACAAAGUCCUUCAAAGUUACAUCUGACAAAUUUAUUCGUUUAUUUGGACUGCCCAAGGAUGAAAAACUUGUCAACUAUUACUCUUGUAGUUAUUGGAAAGGUAAAAUUCCCAGGCAAGGAUGGAUGUACCUUUCGAUAAAUUACUGCUGUUUCCAUGCUUUUAUCCUCGGGUUAGACACAAAAGUGUGCAUAAGAUGGUCGGAGGUUACUCAACUGAGCAAGAAAAACAGCAUAGUUUUUCCUGACUCCAUUCAAAUUUGUACUAGGGAGAAGGAAUACAAUUUCAGCAUGUUUUUGAGCAAAAAUGAGACGUUUGCCCUUAUGGAGCAACUUGUAGAUUUAGCUGUAAAAAGACUAAUAGACGACAAAAGAAGUUUUACAGAAGAUAAAGAACUACUAAGUAAACUGAGUAAAAAUGUUCCAAGGAAAGCUUCGUUUCUAAAGAGAGAUCUGGAUGCAAGGGCACAAUCAGAAGCUUACAGGUUAUUGUUCAGGUUGCCUUCAUCGGAAAAACUUGACGGAUCGAUUGACUGCACUUUGCUGACCCCUUACAACAAAAAACAUGUUACCGGAAGGCUGUUUUUGUCUCAGAAUUAUAUUUGUUUCGAGAGCAGAAAUCUCAACAAUUAUUUUAAGGUCAAAGCCCAAGUCAGUCUGGUGGUACCCCUUAGAGAUGUUACGGUGACAGAGAAAAUUGAGAAUAAUGCUUCAAACCAGGCGCUGGAUAAAGCGAUAAUUGUUUCUACUGGCAACGAUUUGAACAAGACGAAUUUUAUAUUUGCUCAAAUUUUGGAUAGGGAUUUUCUGGUAGAAAAGAUUUCGGAACUUCUGUCAAAAACCCAGGAGCCUAAGUCAUCUGAUACCAUGAGUACCAAAAGCAACAGCAGCAGUGAAAACUCUUCAGGCGAUAUAUCCUUUUCUCUUAUCGACAACAACUGGAAAUGUCAACAGGCUCUGAUGAAGGUGUUUCCCCUAAGUCCCAUUCCUGAGGUGAAUAAAAAACAACAGAAAAAGGCCAGAGAGUGGGAGGAACACUUCAACGUUUAUGGUAGGGGAGUAUCUAUGUACAGAACCACGGAAGUUGCUACGUUGGUAUUGCAGGGAGUACCAGACCACCUCCGGAUGGACAUCUGGAUGUCAUUCUCAGGUGCCGCUAACGAGAAAGCCUGCCACCCCGGCUACUACCGCGCCUUAGUUGGUAAGGCUCUCCUUCAGCACUCUACGGCUAACGAUGAAAUUGAACGUGAUCUUCACCGUUCCUUGCCAGAACACCCCGCUUUCCAGAAUCCCAUAGGAAUCGAUGCGCUUCGUAGGGUGCUUUGCGCUUAUGCGCUACAUAAUCCAAGCAUUGGGUACUGCCAGGCUAUGAAUAUCGUAGCAUCCGUUCUGCUGAUAUACUGCAACGAAGAGGAAGCUUUCUGGUUGUUAGCUACUCUCUGCGAGAACCUUUUGCCUGAUUAUUACAAUACCAGAGUGGUAGGAGCUGUCGUGGACCAAGGCAUUCUAGAUGAAUUAACCUUGGAGCAUUUGCCCAGUCUGCACGAUAAACUUAACCAGCUAGGUAUGACAAAUAUGAUCUCCCUCUCUUGGUUCCUGACCAUAUUCCUUUGUGUGAUGCCUUACGAAAGUGCCGUGAACGUCAUGGAUUGCUUUUUUUAUGACGGCGCCAAAGUAAUAUUCCAAGUAGCUUUAAUGUUGUUGGAGUGGAACCAGGAAAAACUGCUGCAGUGUAGAGACGAAGGAGAAGCCAUGCAGCUCCUUGCAGAUUAUUUGAUGGGUGUAUUCAAUGACGAGGGAAGAGGUGCAAUUAGAAACAAGAGCUACGAUGACCAGAAAAGGAGCACUUCCAUUCAGGUUCUGAUCUACGAAGCAUAUAGGAAAUACGGAUUUCUGACCACCGGCCAGAUAGAAAGGCUGCGUCUGAAGCACCGCCUCAAAGUAGUGCAAGAAUUGGAAGAUACUUGCGAGCGAAAUGUGUUAAGAUGCGUCGCAAGUGACGGAUUCUUCACUCAACAAGAAUUACUGGAUCUUUUAAGUUUAGUCAGAGAAGAGAUUAUAAGACAGAAAAAGUGCAUUCCAGACAAGCAUGAUCCUUCAUUACAACCAUACGAGGCGUAUAAGGUGGAUUUUGACUAUUUUAAAAUUUUAUUUGCUGCUCUGUCGCCUUGGGGUAAGGGAGAGAUGGCUGAAUCACUAGCUGCUAGAAUAUUCACGCUAAUGGACCAAAACAGAGAUGGUUACCUCAACUUCAGGGAACUGGUGAUGGCUCUCGGGCUUACCAGCACAGCGGAAGCUGCACAAAGGCUUAAAUUGCUCUAUGUCAUCCACCUUCCGCCUAUCCUGGUGAUGUCUGAUAUAGAAUCUCCCGCAAAAAGUGAAUGUGGCACAGAGAUCGCUGCCGAAGCUACCGAUUUCUUUCAGAACGUGGAGCAGAGCAUCAACCUUGAUUCGUUGAGCCUCAAUGAAGAAGCUGCCUCACCCACGACUCCUUACCAGUGGCAAAAAUCAUUUGAUUCGCAAUCCUCAACAGAAAAUUCUCUCGUCAGUCAGUUGAACGGUGCUGGUGAAUCGAACUGGGAGGCAAAGAGUCUAACAAACAUGAGAAACUUGGUUCAGUCUAAAGAUAGUAAAACCAAUCUCAAGUCGGUACCGAAAAUGUCCCAACCCCACUUUAUUACUUUGUGGAAGACUGUCUAUGACAUAUUUCAAACAGAACCUGAAGAUUUGGAUGUGUACCACGCUAUAGCUAAAGUUGGAACCUUACUUUUGGAAUUAGGCGAUGUUGGCAAACAAUUUUUUAUCAACAGAGAUGAGUCCGAAGACAGCUUAGUGUCUGCUGCAGCUGCUUGCAACUCGGGAAUGUUUAUAGAUGGGUCUCCUGAUAAAAAUGGAAACCCAUCCACUCCCAAAACUGAAAUUCAAUGGUACAUAACGGCGGAGCAGUUUUUAGCUUCUGUCUUGCACUCCCAACCAUUGGUCGACUUCUUUUCAAAAAGAGUAUCACUUUCUGAAAGCAUCCAGCAAUUCAAAAGUAGAAGAUAUUCUAGAAUGAAUUCUCUUUGUGAUGUACCUGGUAUAAAAGUGUAAUAAUCCCCACUUCCAUGUGUACCUGCACAACACAGAUUUAGAGUUUACAUCAGUUAUACUUUUCGUGCACGAAGCUUAUACAAAACAAAAAGUAACGUAGUUUCAAGAUUAUUGCUCCUCAUCAGUUACACUGUUUCUACAUGUUGGCGUUUAGUGUUAUCUGCACUUUUUUUAUUCCGGAAUAUCGAUCAGAAUUUGAAGUGAGUCCAAAUUAUUAUAUCUUUCGUAGUCGUUCAAAUUUCUAAACAAAUUUAUAAAGGAAUUAUGAAGAAGAUUGACAAUAAUGUAGAAUAAAAUGAUUAGUGAAGUGGAAGUAUAGCUGAAAUUAAAUAACUAUCUUUGGUUGAUUAUAGUCUGCCAUAAUUUCAGAUUUUUUGUUUUUGAUAUUGUACAUAAAUUUGAAGCAGAAAAAAGUUUAUGGAUCAUUUUGGAAAGGAAAAUU